AUGAGCUCCGAGGCCAGACUAUACACCUUCUCGCAAGAGACCAAGGAUAAGCUGCGCAAGUUCCGUCUUGGCACGUCGCGCUCCAAUGAUCCACAGGCCGUGAUCUAUCUCAUCGACAAGGUCUCCAAAGAGAUCCGCCAGGAUGCUGACAAGACCGUCUACAAGAGCCUCGACGAGAUCGCCGACGACCUGCCCGACAACUCGCCGCGCUUCGUGCUCCUCAGCUACCCCAUGACCCUCCCCUCUGGCCGGAUGUCCGUUCCCUACGUCCUGCUAUACUACCUCCCCAUCACGUCCAACAAUGAGAUGCGCAUGCUGUACGCUGGCGCCAAGGAGCUUAUGCGCAACACGAGCGAGGUCGGAAAGGUAAUCGACAUCGAAUCUGCCGAGGAUCUCGAGGAGCUGCCGCACAAGCUGGGCUCUGUCUGA